AUGGCCCAGUCCAGCGGGACUCGCCAUGGUCAAGAAGAGCGAGUCAGAUGGCCACAAAGGCCAGCUGACUGUGAGGCUCGGAGCGAAGACAUCAUGGUCAAGGGAUGUCCAGCAGUCCUGAUCCUACGGCGAUGUCUCAGCAAGAUCGGGCCUAAUAGUGCUCCCCAGCUGGGCAGCGAGAGGGAGAGAGCGCGUCGAUCGAUCAAGGAUCCUAGUCCUAGUGCCUUCCUCGGCUGUGGUCUUGGCGUUACCGGUUGCGUGGUCCUUGUCAUUCAGCAUCGUUUGCCGCAUUGCAUUCUGGAGUGUGACCUGCUCAUCACCCGCCCGUGA